CUCAUUGAUGAUAAGGCUUUAAUUAAGAAAUAUCCAAAAAUUUGUUCUAAUGAUAAUUUGUGUUCAUUGAAAUCAACGUCCCAAAUGUUAAAAUCGGUUCUAGUAAGUUCAGUUUCAUUUGGUGGUCGUAAUCGAACAGUAACUUUGACGUUUUCUCGAGCAGUUGCUGUUGCAGUCAAAGGAGCAACUAAAUCAAAAUGUGCAGCACCUAAACAAAAAUAUCUUGAGGCAACUUCAAGUAGUGAUGCUUUGAAAACAAUAUUUGCGUCAUUAGAACAUCGUUUACGAGAAAAUUCUUGGACGUUUAUAAAUUUUUCUUCUGAUAUUGGAAAUGAACAAACCUUACGUUUUGAUAAUCAAUUCAUCGAUAAUAAUAAUUCGUUAGGAAGACAUAACACUAUUAUCUCUACUACUGCCACUACAGCUACAAAUCCAUUCUUAAACACACAAAAUCCAUUGGUUUUACAACAACAACAUCAUUCUCCUAUUAUUAAUCAACAACAAUUAAUUUUAAAUCAUAUCUCUGUAACUCCGUCAUCAUUAUCACCUGCUACAUCUGAUACAAAUCCAUUCCGUGCUUCAAUCGCACCAACAAAAUUUACUAGUUUCACCUAA